GAAGGGAAGAAAGUACUGUAUUCUUGCAAACCAUGGUUGUGCACCCACCAGUUGGGAAAUGCCAGUCACUCCAAUCCCCAGCCCACCAAACUGUGGUCUGGUCACCCAAUGGCUUGUUUGCGAGAAUGUGACGAUCAACUUGACGCGGGGAAAUGCCUUGAAGACGACCUGGCCAAACUCGGGGACUCGUUGUCCAAGCCGCUCAACAUGUGCUCGGUCCUUUCAUUGGCGAAGCCGGGAAUGAGUUCGUUACUGCGAGACAACGGCGACUCCGUUGCCAGUGACACGGGUUUCAAUAAUAAUGCCCGCUGUGAACCCAUGUUGGAGCUCUAUCAACAACUCAGGGCGUCCACUGCUCAACUGGCGUCCCUCAAGGAGUCCCUGGACGCCCUGUUGACGUCUCUGCGGUUGGAGGCUGAGCAGAAGCAGAAGUUUGAUGGGAAGAGUGAACGGAUGCAGGAAUGGCUUUCCAAUGUCCAGCUGAACUUGGACUCAAUUUUCCAUGGUUCCAAGCCGAAGGAGGCACAAGUGGAGGAAAUGCGUGCACUUUUAGAAGACAUGUCCCGAAAUCACUCUGACCUUCUAACUGCGAAGCAAAAUGCCACGGAAUCGCUGACCAACGGGAAAAGCCAUUGGGGCAUGGAUCAAAUCGACGAAGUGGAAGAAGAGGACGAAGAUGACCGAAAAGUGCCAGUUUUUAUGGACUCUGAUCCAGCGUUUGGUGCCAGACAGGCUGUUGCUUUAGCUACUGGAACCAUAGUCAAUUUGGAGUGUUGUCAGAGGGAAAGGCUGACGAUUGAGCAUUUGCUGGAUCUGUGGAGAAAGAUGUUCGAAGAAACGUAUUGUCAGUACGUCGCUGUGAUGAGUGUUCUAGUGAGUGAAGGUGUUGGGCCUGAGGGCUUUGACAUCUCCAGGCAUUUGAUUUCCUAUUCAACGUCGUUGACGGAAGCCCAGGAAUUCCUUGACCGUGUGAAAACCGUGAAACCGGGUUCGGAAGAAGCCUCGAAGGACAACUUCGAGCGUCUGAAUGCGACGAAUAAUCUGGUUGGCCAACAACUCUCAUUGCUGAGUGCUGUAGGAAUGGCAGUGCGAUGGAAUUUGCCGCAAGACGAGUUGAAGACCGUGAAGGACCUCAUCAGCAGGCAUAAAGAAUGCGUGCUUUUAGCCAGAGAACUCAUCAGUGGGGCCGAAUCUGAUUUGACUGCUUGGAAGCAGUAUCACGUGGCUUACUCAGAGUUUUGCACUUGGCUGCGAAGUUUGGAAACUGAGCGAGACAGACUCCGGAUGUCCAUCAUUCCGAUUUGCGAUCUUCCGGAAACGCUCAAGAAACUCGAGGACUUGAUGCAGAAAGCCGACGAUGCUGAGCUUCUGGCGAAAUUAUCAUCAGCUUGCAAGGAUUUGCUCGAAAGAACUGACGAAAGUGGACUCGGCUGGCUGCAAACAACAGUCUGCAACUGCGAGGGUCGUUUGGACAACGUGAAGGCCGGCCUCAGGGUUUGGCACGACUUCUUAUCCAGAAUCUCGUCUUCUUGGGCCACAUUGACUCGGAAGCUACAAGAACCCAAAGAAGUCAUUUCCAGGGUUCUGGAAUUUUUUGAAAGACCGAAAGUCGUGCAAUUCGAAGACAUCGCCGCUGCUGUUGAGGAAAACAAGAGUUUGGAAGAAGAUUUGAGGAAUGCGGAAAAGGUGCUCAACGAAGCAUCAGCAGAUCUUGAUGAAUUGUCCAGCAGUGUUGUUGCAGCAAGAGACGUUCGAGACAUGCGACAAGACCUGAGGAUCAUUCAAAAUCAAUGCGCAGAUUGCAUUCAUCAGUUGAUCAUGGAGAGAAACCGAUUGGAUGAUCUCAAUGAUUGUUGGGUUUCUUACCGUGCUACGUACGAGAUAUUGAAACGUGAUUUGCAAGAAUCCAAGGAUGAAAUUUCCCGUGAAGUUGUUCCUUCUGCUGGAACCACGUGCCCUAACAUUCAGCAGCAGAAACGGUUUCUGCAAACUGCGAUGAACCGGUUUUUCGGACCUGGAAGUUCGAAUCAAGAGAAUUUCAGCAGAUUUGCUCUACUCGGUGACACUCUGCAAUCUUCACUAGCUGUUGUUGAAUCUGCUGAAACGGGGUCAGAGAAAAGCUCUGUGGAAGAAGUUGAAAAAAUGCGUGGAGAAAUUGAAACCUUUUGGAAUGAUCUUCGUGGUGGCUUCGAGACGCGAAUUUCUGCGUUGAAUCAGCUUUCAAAGAAAAUUGAAGAAGCCAAUGAACAAGCAACGGAACUGGAUCUCAAAUUGACCGAGUGUCAGGUGACUUGUCAACCAAAGUCUGUGGUGCCGAUCGAAACAAUUUCUUUUGCUCGUAUGGAAACCUCAAAAGCCCUGGAAAAAUUGGCCGAGUACGAAAGUGUGCUGAACUCAACCACCAGCCGAUUGGAAGAAAUUUCGGCGGAAGCAGAAACAAUCGGAGCCUCAGCUGAAAAGCGAAAUCUGCAACUCAGCAUUGAAGCCAUUCACAAGAGAUGGAAUUCAAUCAAGGACAUGGGCGAAGAUGAACUAGUUCAUCUCUCUCAGUUAUCAGAAGACGCUGAGAAGUUCGUCGACGCUUAUGGAAAGUUUGACAAAUGGCUGAAAUCUGCAGAAGCCAAAUUCAGAGAUUGCAAAACAUCCGCGGAUUUGCAUACUCAAGUAGAACUUAAGCAAGAAGCGGACAGAUUCCAGGAUUUAUCCGGAAGAAUUUUCAAGCAACUCGAGAACUUGAAGCAUCUCAACAAGUGUUACGAGUCCCUCGUGUUCAAUGGAGCCGAUGUGAAUUACAAGAUGUCGCCGGAUGAUGGUAAUGCUAGUGACUCGAAGAGCUUGAAAGACAUGGCGGAAGCGUCGAAUCGAAGAUGGCGGCGGCUAUCGGAUUACGCCGACAGGGUCAACAGGAGACUCAAGCACCAAAGAGACCAAUACUCGGCCCACAUGGGUUCUGUGGAGCAGAGCACCAUUCAGUUGACUGUGCUUGAAGGGAAGCUGACCAAGUUGGAAAAAUCUGUCGGAGACGUCGGUUUUCCCGAGAAAUUUGCUGAAAUUGAAGUAUUCGCUAAGGAAGUGAUGGAAGAAGCUGAUACACUAUUGAUCCGGGGAACUGAAUUACAAUGCAGGAGCUGUCCAGAAGAUGCAGAAACUAUUGGCGAAGUAACUGAGUCUUUCCAGCAACUUUUAAUCCAUGUACGGAAUCACGUCAAACUACUGAAAAAGCAGAUGAGAACAAAAACGAAGGACUCCAGCAAUGAAAAUUCCAAGUCUCCUGCGUAUGAUGACGACAUUCAACUCUCCACCUCAAGCAAAAGCACGGAAUCAGAG